GAGAAGGUGACCAAACAAUCAAUGGCUUCACCCAACCAAUUAUGAAGUCAAAAGUGAGAAACCCACCAAAAAAACUCCCCAUGAAAACACUCUUUUUAAAGCAAAGCUCAAUCCCACAUCGGAAACCAUCUUGUGAGCUUCUUUGUAUAAGUUCAUGGACGUUGCUUAUCAUUGGGCAUAGGGUUAGUGUAAGCCAUGAAUCAAAAGAUAAACCCUAAUCCAAGCUCAAGAUCGUCGUCGUUGUCGUUAUCGUCAUCAAGGGAAGCUCCAAAAGAGCUACGGAGCUGCCCGAGAUGCAAGUCGAACAACACCAAAUUCUGUUACUACAACAACUAUAGCCUCAUGCAACCAAGAUACUUUUGCAAGUCUUGUCGAAGGUAUUGGACUGAAGGCGGGUCUCUCCGAAACGUUCCCGUCGGAGGAGGCUCGAGAAAGAGCCGAAAAUCAACAACAACAACAACAAUGUCUUGUUCUUCUUCCUCGUCUUCGUCCGACCAUUUCAAAAACAAGCCAAGAUUACCAAAUUACCCUUCAUCUCAAGAUCUCAACGUUGCUUUCCCUUGUGCCAUGACUCAUUUUGUUGAGGUCCCUAAAGUUGUUGAAAAUAUGAAGAACGAUGGUUUUAGGGGUUUGAGUUCAUUUAUCCCAAAUCUCAUGCCAAAUUCCAACAAUAUUGAUGCUGAUUUGGGGUAUCAUUCAUUGCCUCUUCAUGAGUUCAAGCCAAGUUUGGGUAUCAAUUGUGUUGAUGGGUUUGGAAGUGGACCAAAUUUGGUUGGUUUUCAACAACUUAACCAAAAUUCUUGUGGUGAACCCAAUGAGUGUGAUGAUCAUCAAAAGGAGAGGCAACAAGGGAACAAUAUUUCAAGUGGGUUUUGGAGUGGAAUGCUUGGGGGUGGAUCAUUCUAACAAACCCUAGAUUUCAUGUACCCCUUAGUAGUAUACUCUUUGUACAUAUGAAUCUCUCUCUAUUCUUACUAUAUUUUCCGUAA